AUGGCCUCACGAAAGACAGUGAAUCGUCGCCAGCGGCCUCAGCGUGCCACUUCCAACGUCUUUGCCAUGUUUGAUCAGGCGCAGAUUCAGGAGUUCAAAGAGGCGUUCAAUAUGAUUGACCAGAACAGGGAUGGAUUUAUCGAUCAGGCGGAUCUGCAAGAAAUGUUUGCAUCUUUAGGCAAGGACGUCAAUGAGCAAUUUCUUGACGCCAUGGUCAAUGAAGCACCAGGAGCUAUCAAUUUCACUAUGUUCUUGACCCUUUUUGGUGAAAAACUUACUGGCACUGAUCCUGAGGAAGUAAUACGAAAUGCAUUUCAAUGUUUCGACGAGGACAAUUCUGGAAAACUAACCGAAGAUCGCCUUCGUGAACUUCUCACCACAAUGGGUGAUCGCUAUACUCAUGAGCAGGUGGACGAGUUGUUCCGUGAUGCUCCGAUCAAGAAUGGAUACUUUGACUACGUUGAAUUCACGCGCAUGCUCAAGCAUGGGACCAAGGACAAGGACGAGCAAUAA